GGGACGUGCGCGCGCGCGCUGCUCCACUGCGGAGGCGCCGCGGGAAAAUUCCAAAAAAACAACAAAAAAAAAUACAACCCAAUACGAGGCAAAGCCACGUUUUCAAGCCACACAAUUCGGGCGGUGGCCUGCUUUCCGCCAAUGCCCACAGUGCUGAAGCAGCUCUGGCGAGGACCACCCGAUUUGAUGUAUGCACACAGUUUCCUCCAGUGUAUGCAGGCCAGUGUAAAGGUACUCCACCUUCUCCCUUCUUCUGCAAUGGCUCAAGAUUUGGUAGACCUUUCUUCUGAGUAUCAGUUUUGGUUGCGGAAGCUUUCCAUAUGGGACCAGGCCUCGACUUUGGAAACCCAGCAAGAUACCUGUGUUCACCUGCCUCAGUUCCAGGCAUUCCUGAGCCAGAUGUAUGAAGCUUUGAAAGAGAUGGAUUCCAAUACAGUCAUUGAAAGAUUCCCCACCAUUGGUCAACUGUUGGCAAAAAUUUGCUGGAAUCCUUUUAUCUUAGCGUAUGAAAGGAAGUUAACCACACAAGAGCUAAGCAUAAGUGAUCCCGAACCCACAAGAAGAAAAAACCACACAAAGUUAAGCUUCACGCAUGGUCCUGGAUGUUUAUUCUGUGAAUUUAAUGAAAGCCAAAAAAUUCUAAUAUGGUGCUUAUGUUGUCUGAUUAAGAAAGAACCACUGAAUUCUGGAGAAUCAAAACUUAACUCCUGGAUACGGAGUUUGUUAUCUCAUAUACUUUCGGCAUUUAGAUUUGAUGUAAAAGAAGUUGGCCUUUUUUGUCAAGGUCUCGGGUAUGCACCUGCAGAUUACUACCCUGGUUUGCUUAAAAAUAUGGUUUCAUCAUUAGUGUCUGAACUCAGAGAGAAUCAUCUUAAUGGAUUUAACACUCAAAGGCGGAUGGCUCCUGAACGAGUCACAUCCCUGUCACGGGUUUGUGUCGCCCUUGUCACUCUUCCAGAUUUUGAACCCCUGGUCGAGGCUCUGCUCACCUACCAUGGGCAUGAACCUCAGGAAGUCCUCUGGCCUGGGUUCUUUGAAGCUGUAAAUGAAGCCAUUUUACUGAAGAAGAUUUCUCUUCCCACGUUGGCUGUAGUCUGCCUCUGGCUUCGCCAUCUUCCCAGCCUUGAAAAAGCAACGCUGCAUCUUUUUGAAAAGUUAAUCUCCAGUGAGAGAAAUUGUCUGCAGAGGAUUGAGUGCUUUAUAAAAGAUUCAUUGCUGCCUCAAGCAGCCUGUCAUCCUGCCAUAUUCAGAAUCGUGGACAAGAUGUUCAGGUGUGCACUCUUGGAAACCGAUGGAGCCCCAGAAGUGCUGGUCGCUCUUCAAGUGUUCACACAAUGCUUUGUAGAAGCUCUGGAGAAAGAAAACAAGCAGCUGAAGUUUGCCCUCAAGACCUACUUUCCUUAUGCUUCUACCUCUCUUGUCAUGGCACUGCUCCAAAACCCUAAAGAUAUCCCACAGGGACUUUGGCACCAGCCAUUGAAGCACAUUUCUGAAAUGCUCAGAGAAACAGUUGAAGGCCAGACUACUAGGUCCCACAGAGGUGGCUUUGAGAGCUGGUUUUUGUUCAUUCACUUUGGUGGAUGGGCUGAUAUCGUGGCUGAGCAGUUGCUGAUGUCAGAAGCCGAACCACCGGAGGCCCUGCUGUGGCUCCUGGCAUUCUCCUCCAGCCCCCACGAUGGGAGUCAGCAGAGAGCACAGACCAUGGUAGAAGUGAAGGUGGUGCUCGGUCGCCUGGUGAAGCUGUUCAGGAGCCCGACCCUCUCAGGCCAGGAUCUGCAGGCAGCAGCCAGUGAGAGCAGAGAAGCUGACUCCAGACCGCUGGUGUGUCAACAGCUGAUCAGGCUCCUCCUCCUGAGCUUCCUGCUCUGGGCUCCUGGAGGCCACUCCAUCGCCCGGGAAGUCAUCACCUUUAUGGCUCAAACUGAAGAUAUAACCCACGAGAUUAUUGGCUUUCUUGACCAGACCUUAUACAGAUGGGAUCAGCUUUGCAUUGAAGCCCCUAGACCCAGAAAAGUGGCCAGAGAUCUCCUCACAGAGCUGCUGGCUCAGGUCAAGCACAGCCCUGUGGAUCAUGUGGCUGCAGUGCAAGGAAGGUCAGGCUCACCGAGGCCUCGGGACGAAUGUCACGAGUUUGUGCAGUAGUGCCUGAGUGUGAGGAUGAGCAUGACAUGUUGGGAAGGUCCCGCACUACAUAUUGCACAGAAUGGGCAGUCGUGGUGCUUCAGCCCAAACUGGACGAUGCCUUCAGCAUUCCCCGUGCCUGCGUGUGUAGGACAUUAAUUAGAGAAAGCACUGAAGAAAGGUUUAGAUGGGAAAAUUGAUUUUUCUUUUUCCCAUAUCAAGCCAAGAUGCACAACUAUUAUUUGAAUUUUUCAAAGUCUUUGACCAAGGAAUUGGUUGUGAACCACUGGUGAAUUUAGAAAGACUUAGCUCUUUUCUGGAAGCCUUUUUUGUUUUUUUUUUUAGAAGUCAGAUAAUUGCUGUUGUUAUUUCUUUUGAUCCACUGGGAUCUGAGGCUCUCUUUGUAUAAGAUAAAGCUAGACUUUCUUCCUUCCCUAGGAAAUUCUUUACCCAAAAGAGUGAAAAUCCUUCAAGUUUCCCACAAUACGAUGCCAUUUCACUACCACUAGGAUGGCUAAGAUAAAAAGAAAAAACAGAAAAUAACAAAUGUCGGUGAGGAUG